GGUUUUCUGAAUUUGACCAAAAAUGCUGCCGUUUUGUGAGCUGAUCCCCUAACCCCCUAACCUUACCAAGCCAGCAACCCUAACUCACUACAGCGGAGCAGCAGCAGCACACACUCCCUCCCCCCAUCACCCUCGACCUCGUUGUUCCUUUCAACGCAGCGAGCUCACUCCCUUACUUCCGUUCAGCCGCCGGACUGCUCCUUCCGCCGUCGCAAGUUGGAGCUUCGAAGCUCACUCGCUCACUCCUGCUCGUGCAGCUAACGUUUCAGCAGCGGAAGCACAGUCGCUGGGCUCGCCUUCUGCCUCCGUCGCGAAGCUCUGUUCCAUCGUCGCUGGCGCCAUCUCUGUUCCACUGGUCAGCGCUGCUCCCCCUCUUUCUCAGGAUCUGCUCUGCUAUGCUCUGUUCUAUGCUUCUAGCUUCUAGAACUCUGAACUCUGAAGCAAAGGGACCCUAGCCCUUCUUCGCCGCCGCCGUCCCCAGGUCAGCGCCGCCGCUUCUUCCUCUUCCCCGUGUCCAGAACCCAGUUGCUUGGCACGUCCUCUUCAUCUUCGCUGGCUUCUCGGCACAGAACCCAGAUUGCUGCACUAAAUCAAUUGAGAAAUAUAUUUGGAAUUUUGGAUUGGACAAACACGAAGCAGAAGCCAUUUCACUUGAUGUUAGUUUAGAAGAAGUCAUUUUGGAGUGAAAUCAGUUUUACAUCUUAUUAGUUUGGUGCUUGUUGACUGUACUAGAUUAGUAGGAAAAUCUUCGCCAAAAGCUAUAAUUAUAUUUUAGGAUGUAUAUUUAUAAUUUAUUUAUUAUUUUAUUCUAAAACGGUUUUUUCGUUGAACCACGGUUAAACCGGUUAGACCAGUAAAUCAGUGAACCAGUGACUUAAGCGGUUUGAUGACCGGUCCGGUUUUCAGCACCUUGAUAAUUAGCUUUGCUCAUUGCUGUGUACUGUGAUGUACUCUGUUUUGUUACUUUUAUUGUGUGCUGUGCUGAAAAAAAUUGUGCUGAAAUUGUCCUCAAAACCUGAAAUUUUGAUAAUCCUUGUUAAUCUUUGGAAAAGUUUGUUGCUGCUGCGUAAUAUUUUAUUGUGUUAUUGUGUUUUAAUUGUUGGUGUUGUUGCUGAGUUACUUUCAAUUGUUCCUGUUGGUGUUGUUGCUUUAUUUUUAAUUUUAAUUGGUGGUGUUGUUUUAAUUCUAAGUCAUUCAAUUUUUCUGUUAGGUAUUAUGCCUCUAGCUUUAUUUUAUUGUCAUUCAUCAAUGAUUAAUUGAACUCUAAUUCAUUUUAUUGUCUCUAAUUCAUUUGUCUUAGUUUAGGGUGGGAUAUAUGAGUUUUUAAAUAUGGUGAUAUGGUGAAAAAGUUUUAUUUAUCUGAGUUUUGGCAAAUGUUCCAUUAUUUAUCUGAGUUUUGCAAAUACUAGACAUUAAAGCUUGAAUAAUAUUUUGAUGUUUGUAAUUUUUAGGGUGUUUAUUUAUAAUUUAUUUUUUAUUUUAAUAUAAAACAGUUUUUCCGGUUGAACCACUAUUGGACCAGUAAACCAGUGAACUAGUGACCAGAACGAUUCGAUGAGCGGUCCGGUUUUCAGAACCUUAUUCUUUUCUGUUUUCCCUGUUUCAGUUUUUAUAAAAUUUCAAAUGUAAAUAAAACUUUUAUGUUAAUUUUGUUUUGUGUCUAUUAUAAAAAUAUAUUAAAUUUGUUAAUAAAUUAAUAUAUUUUUAUAAUAAUAAACCCUGGUGGGCAUAAUUCGAGGGGUUUUGCGACAUUUCAUUUCAAAACCCUUUCACUGUAAAGCCACUGUCAGCGACAGAUGCAAUUGCCUGCUGCGGCGGCGCGUGCGCCCACAUGGUUUUCCACGCGCCGCCUUCUCGAUGAAAAGCUCUCCGACCUCCACCGCUGCUCAAACCUCAACACCGUGAAGCAAAUCCAAGCUCAAGUCUUCAAGAACGACCUCCACCAAGACCCUUACGUCGCACCGAAACUCGUCGCCGCCUUCUCCCUCUCCCGCCACCUCCCCUCCGCCGUCAACGCAUUCAACCUCGUAACCAACCCAAACACCCACCUUUACAACACUCUCAUCAGAGCUCAGGCCCAAAACAAGGCUCACCCUUCCGUCGCAUUUGAAACCUUCUUCCAGAUGCAGAGGAAUGGUGUUUUUUCAGAUAGCUUCACCUACACGUGUCUGUUGAAAUCUUUUGACGGUUAUAGCUGUUUUCGGAUGGUGCAGAUGAUCCACACGCAUGUGGUGAAGUUUGGGUUUUUCGGGAGUGAUAUAUUUGUGCCGAACUCGUUGAUAGAUUCAUAUUGUAAAUGUGGGGGUGCUGGAAUGGAUGCGGCAAUUCAGUUGUUUUUGGAGAUGGAGGAACGGGAUGUGGUGACUUGGAACUCUCUGAUUGGUGGGUUGGUGAGAGGUGGUGAGUUUGAGAAAGCCUGCAAGGUGUUUGAUGAAAUGCCUGAGAGGGAUGUGGUUAGUUGGAACAUCAUGUUGGAUGGGUAUGCUAAGGCUGGGCAGAUGGGGAAGGCGUUUGAGAUGUUUGAGGGAAUGCCCGAGAGGAAUGUUGUGUCAUGGGCUUCAAUGGUUUGGGGUUAUUGUAGAGCCGGGGAUAUGAAUAUGGCGAGGAUGUUGUUCGAUAAGUGUCCUGGGAAGAACUUGGUGAUUUGGACCACUAUGAUAUCUGGGUAUGCUGAGAAGGGGCUUGUUAAUGAGGCAACAAAGUUGUAUGAUAAGAUGGAGGGAGUUGGGAUGAGGAUUGAUGAUGGGUUUCUGAUAAGUAUUUUGGCUGCAUGUGCCGAGUCUGGAAUGUCUGCAUUGGGGAAAAGAAUUCAUGCUUCUGUUGAGAGGCGGAGGUUGAGGUGUAGCACUAAGGUGUUGAACGCAUUCAUCGAUAUGUAUGCGAAGUGUGGUUGUGUGGAUGUUGCCCUUGGUGUCUUUAGUAGGAUUGAAAAGAAAGAUUUGGUGUCUUGGAAUUCCAUGAUUCAAGGGUUAGGCAUACAUGGACGUGGUGAGAAAGCACUUGAGCUUUUCACGAGGAUGGUACAUGAGGGUUUUGAACCGGACAAAUAUACGUUCAUUGGUCUUUUAUGUGCUUGCACCCAUGCAGGCCUUGUCAAUGAAGGGCGUAAUUACUUCUAUUCAAUGGAGAAAGUGCAUGGGAUUGUUCCUCAAGUUGAGCACUAUGGUUGUAUGAUUGAUCUUCUUGGUCGAGGGGGAAACCUGGAGGAAGCUUUUCAGCUUGUGCGCAGCAUGCCUAUGGAGCCAAAUGAAAUAGUCUUGGGAACUCUUUUGGGGGCUUGUAGAAUGCAUAAUGAUGUAGAUCUUGCAAAAGCUGUGUGCGAACACUUGUUUGAGUUGGCACCACUGGAUCCUGGAAAUUUCAACCUUUUGUCAAACAUUUAUGCUCAAGCAGGGGAUUGGGUGAAUGUUGCUAGUGUAAGGUGGCAAAUGAAGAACACAGGAAGCCAAAAGCCUUCUGGAGCUAGUUCCAUUGAGGUAGAAGAGGAAGUGCAUGAAUUUACAGCAUUUGAUCAGUCACACCCUAAAUCAGAUGAUAUAUAUAGAAUGAUUGACAGAUUGAUAAAGGACAUUAGGCAGGUUGGAUAUGUUCCAAAGGCUUACGUCAGCCGAAGUGAUGCUUAUAGUUUUAACUUUUAAGGAAUGAAUAUGAUGAUUUAAUUGUAUACGUUGCUGUUGUAUUAAAAGUAAGGAUGUCAUCAUAUACUUUGCAGCUGCAGCUGCAGCUGCUGGUUUAGCAAAACAGAGAAAUUGUAUGCAGGGAUCAGCUUGUGCUUACAGUGGCAGCAGCACCGUUGUAAAGCCAAUGAGAGGGAACAGUUUGUGGUAGUUGUAAAAAAGAAGCUAUUCAAAUAUAAUAUACUGAGUGGCAAUUCCACUCAAAUGCACUUGUUAAUUCCAUUCUUGCUGAGCAUUAUUGAUUUGAUUUGAGACAUUCACUUGAGCAUAAGAUUUGCAGAGUACUCAUGGACUCUGUGAAAUCCGGUUAUAUUCAUGAGUGGAACAACUCAAUUGAAGGGAUUCACUUCAAAGUUUCUUACCCUAGUCCCUGAGUUACAAGCAACUGAAGCUAUUGGAAUUUUCUAGUUUCAACAAAGUUCCUUACAAAUCAGUCACAUGUACGAGGAGCAUGGACUGCUUGUUGCUCAAUCAUGUGGAGAGCUUGCACGAUUUGUACGGCCUGAGAUUCGGGAUUCUCUUAUUUUAUCUAUUGUGCACUGGCCAGCAAUUAAUAGAGGAUUCUGCUGUUGUUGUUCGAGAGGCUGCGGCUUGUAAUCUGGCUAUGCUGCUUCCACUUUUCCCAGACAUGGAUAAAUAUUUCAAGGUGGAGGAGUUGAUGUUUCAAUUGGUAUGUGACCCAUCAGGAGUGGAUGCAUGUUGAAUGCUUCCCUAAUUUUAUAGUGCUGGCUUGCAUGUUACCACAGAAAGAAGAUAAUCUUCGGAGCCGAAUUUCAAAGGUUUGAGACUAAGGUCCGCUGUUGUUGAUAGGCUCUCUACGAUGUGUGUCUUACCACUUUUGUUGGCUGGUGUUAUGGGUGCUCCUGGAAAACAAGAACUGUUAGCAGAAUAUUUGAGGAAGCUGCUACUAGAAGAAAACCACAUGGAAAAUCCACCAACAAAGCACACUUCUGAGAUUAUCAAUGCUAUCCGUUUCAUCUGCGUAUAUGAAGAAAACCAUGGUUUGAUAUUUACUAUACGAAGAAAACCAUGGUUUGAUAUUUACUAUACUUUGGAAAGCUUGAUGCUACUAUGGAUGAGGUUGUUGCUGCUGCUACUGCUGCUAAUGCUCAUAACUUUGUUAGGCAGCUCCCUCAGCGAUAUGAAACCAAGAUAAUAACCUAAUUGAUGAUGGCAAAGUAGAUUGGAGAAAGGGGAGCACUUCUUUCAGGAGGACAAAAGCAGCGAAUAGCAAUUGCAAGAGCCAUCAUAAAGAAUCCAGUGAUUCUUCUUCUUGAUGAAGCAACCAGUGCUCUUGACUCUGAAUCUGAAUUACUUGUCCAAAAUGCCCUUGAUCAUGCCUCAUUGGGCAGGACUACAUUGGUUGUUGCACACAAGCUAUCAACUGUCCGAAAUGCAGAUGUCAUAGCCGUUGUCAACGCCGGUUCC